AAUAACCUUACCCUCUUACUACCUGUGUCUCGCCUCUUUUUUCAAUUCCCAACAAAACACAAACUUAAAUCCUUCAUAUUUAGAGAGAGAAACCUUCAAAGAUCAAAAAGCAAGAAUUUUUGUUCAAAAUUAGAUCCAGAAUGGGGAGGCCUCCUUGUUGUGAUAAACUUGGUGUUAAGAAAGGUCCAUGGACUCCUGAAGAAGAUAUCAUGCUCGUUUCAUACGUUCAGCAACAUGGCCCUGGGAAUUGGCGUCAAGUCCCUACUAACACCGGAUUGAGAAGAUGCAGCAAGAGUUGUCGGUUGAGAUGGACGAAUUAUCUGAGACCUGGAAUAAGAAGGGGGGAUUUCACAGAUGAUGAGGAGAAAAUGAUCAUUCAGCUUCAAGCUCUUCUGGGCAACAAAUGGGCAGCUAUAGCCUCGUAUCUUCCUGAAAGAACAGAUAAUGAUAUCAAGAACUACUGGAAUACCCAUUUAAAAAAGAAGCUCAAAAAGCUUGAAAUGGGGUCCGAGGAUCAUGAUUUUCUUCAUACUAAUAGUAAAGAUAGGUUUUCGUCUUCCACGUCGUCAUCAUCUUCUUCACACUGUAUUUCUAGAGGACAAUGGGAGAAGAGACUUCAAACCGAUAUUCAUAUGGCCAAACAAGCCCUAAACGAUGCUUUAUCAAUUGAUCACAAACCGAUUUUUCUACCUCAAGCUACUAAAUCAUCCUCUCACCCACCUGCAUACCCCUCUAGUACUGAUAACAUAGCCAAAUUGCUCAAAGGGUUCAUGAAAAACUCAGCCAUUUACACCAAAACUUGUUCAAAUUCAAGCACUCGUGAAUCAAGUGGUGAAGUCAAUGCUCCUAGCAGUGAAAGCAAGAACAAUUCUGGGAUUGAUUUAUCUGAAGCAUUUGAAUCCCUUUUUGGGUUUGAUCAAUCUUUUGGAUCUCCAAACAACUCCGACUUUUCACAAUCAAACACCUCGCCGGAGGGAAGUAUUUUUCAAGAGGAAAGCAAGGCGGAGCUUAGAUUUACCAUGUUUGAGAAUUGGUUGCUUGAAGAAACAACCGGUGGUGUGGUUGAUCAAGGGAAAGAAGAUUUAAGUAACUUUUCGUUUGAUGAAAACCCUAAUUUUUUCGAUAAUUGAUUUGUUUUCAGAAGCUUUUUAUCAUUCUUCGCGCGGUUAUAGUAUUAAUCAAUCUUGUUUAAUUUCAAUUUAUUUUUUUUGGAGUUCGUUUAAUUAUUUGACAUUAGAUAUGUAGAACUCAAAUUGUAUGAAGUCGCAAUCAGUGAUCUAAUUAUGC